GGAUUUUGAAAUUCAAAAUUCAAAACAGAGGGAUAGUGAUUCAAUUGUUCUUUGUUUCACUUCCCAAUUGGAAGAAACUGAAACAGCAGACUGCAAUGGAUUACGAAGAACAUCCGUCUCCCUCUAUCCGUUCUUCCUCCCUUCUCAGGGACAUCUCCAACUUCACCACUCCCAGACGGCCCCCUUUCUCUCUCACCACCGCCCCAUCUCCCGCCACUCAAUUCUUCACCGCCUCCAAACACGCAGCCACUUCCUCCUCCUUCCACCGCCGUCCCAACAAAGCAUCCACCGCCACCACAGCCAAGAAAUUCAAGGCCUUCCAAUUGGAGCAGUCCCAGUCCUCCCGUAAGGCCCAAAUCAAGAAAGAGCGCUCCCUCAAAUCCCUCGCCAAGUCUCUCUCAGUAUGGCUCAACUUUCUCCUCCAAAAUCCUAAUUCAUGUGGCUGCCACUACUCUUCUGCGGAUGCUUCCGCUCCCACUACCAAUGGCAAGCGAGACGGCGCCCCGGUAAUCUCCGUCAUCGGCGUCGAUUCCGCCUGGCGCACCCCCAAGCGCCAGAGGAAAUCCUUGUCCAGCAAGGAAAAUGCUGGGUCGGUGGCUGAGGUUCCUGAUUCCUCAUUUUCGCACCUCAGGGAUUCUCUCGAGGACGUUUGCAGUUUUGAUGAUUUGAAUCAGCGAAUGAGCUUGUAUUUCAGCCUUGCAGCUUGUAAGGAGAUCUUCCUUCAAAUGAAUCGCGUCGCCAAGGCAAUUGACGAAGGAAGACUGAAUAUGAAGGCACAUUGCCCUAUAGUAACUGAUGUUGGCUUGAAGGAUAAGGCCAUGAGAAUUCUCACGUGUUAUAAUUCUACUUGGUUGCGAAUUGGAUUGUAUGUAAUUUUUGGCGGUGACUCCUUGGUGUUAAAUGGUGAUGUGGAUUCUGAUCAUGAUGCUGUGUUCUUGAGAAUGGUCGUUGACAAGUUAUUUUUUUCGCAUGAGGGUUUAGCUAAAGCUUAUGCUUAUAACAAAAUGGUUGAAGGCGUGUAUAGGUCAGGUUACUAUGAGAAUUUGGGGAAUGUGAUAUUGAAGAGAAUUUUGUUGCUUGUGCUUGUUCUGGAUAAAGCUAAAUGCCAGAGUUACCUCCCACUGGAGUACGGUAUUGAUGGAUUGGAUGGGGGUUCUCCUUUGUUAUUCAAACCAGAAUCCUGGAUUAAAUCAAGCAGUCAGCUGAUUCAUGAAUUUCUAUCGUCUGACGUAAUGCAUGGAGAAGGCAAUCUUCUAACACAUUUGGUGAUUUUAGGUUACAAAUUAUCUCAUCAACAGCAGGAACCUCUUGUCGAGUAUGAUUUCAGGAUCAGAGAUUUAUUUGUAGAUCUCCAAGAUGGAUUAAAACUGUGUAGAGCUAUUCAGCUUUUGCAGCAUAAUUCUUCGAUCCUCAUGAAAAUUGUAGUCCCCUCUGAUACUCCUAAGAAAAAAUUAGCAAACUGCAGUCUUGCCCUGCAAUAUAUUAGGCAAGCUGGUGGGUCACUAGUUGAUGAAGAUGGCAUGAUGAUUAUGGCAGAUGAUAUUGCUAAUGGAGACAAAGAACUUACAGUUUCCUUGCUCUGGAAUAUAUUUGUUCAUUUGCAGCUACCUCUUUUGGUUGAUAAAGCAAGUUUAGGAGGGGAAAUUUCUAAAGUUCAAGGAGGCAAGGUUCCCGUAAACAUUUCAAGUUCUAGCUCUAUGGAAUUGCUUUUGAAUUGGAUACAGGCAGUUUGUGACAACUAUGAUUGUGAAAUUGACAAUUUUCAUUCCCUUGUUGAUGGCAAAGCUGUCUGGUGCUUACUUGAUUAUUACUUCCAAAAAGAACUUCAAAAUUCCUGUUCGUUGAAGGAAGUGAGUAUAAAAAGUGGCAAGGCAUCAAUUAUGUCUGUUGAUGAAUAUUCAGAUGCACUGUAUAAUUUUAUACUAUCCCAAAAGUUGACUACAUUACUGGGGAACUUCCCAGAGGUACUUCAAAUUAGUGAGCUACUUCAAUAUAAUGGUGCUUGCAGUGACCGAAGUGUGGUGAUUUUGUUGGUUUUCCUGGCAAGCCAAUUAUUUGUCAAGAAAAAUUUGGAUCACUUAAAUUUCCACAAACUAUUGGGUGAUGACUGCCAAAGUCUGAACCAUAGAAAUUUGAGGAUGCUAAGGUGCCUUUCAAAUUCUGAAUCCAUACAAAAGCCUGAUGCUUCCGAUGUGCUUGACAAUGAAGAUGCUUCAAGAAAAUUCAAGGCCAUCCAAACUUGGUGGCAAGACAUGGCCGAAAGAAACGGUCUCAACAAACAAGCUGCCUCUAAUUUGAAGGGAUCAAAAAUCACCGAAUGCAGCACCAACAUCAGAAGAGAAAAUGCUACAAAAACAAUACAACUGCAUCUCAGAGGAUGGGUUGCACGGUGCAAGUUUCUGAAGAUGGUAAACUCGAUUACCCUUUUACAAACUGUUUUCAGAGCUUGGCUAAAAGUGAGGCAAAAGUCAGCCUAUGUGAUAUUAUCAACUGUUCAAGGCUGUGACUCUUCAUUUGAAAUAUUGAAGCAAUCAGAAACAUAUAAGAGAUACGUCAUGCUUUUCAUGUAUAGACGUUCCUUUUUGAGGUUAAAGAGCUCAGCACAGAUUAUCCAGAAAGCAGUUAGGAGUUGGCUCUAUAGGAGGCAUAAGAAAGAGACUAGUACAAAUCCGGAUCUUUUGAUUUCAGAUAUGAUAGCGGCUGCUCUUAAUGUUCAGAAAUUGGUCCCUGGUGGGAUGGGACAAUCUAGAUAUAUUCAUCAGCUAGAUCAGAGAGAGAAAGACUUAUUUUUUUCCCAACUGAAAGUCACUUUCCAUCUUCAAACAAAUGCAGCCACUAUCAUUCAGCUUGCUUGGAAAAAGUUCAUGUGCUGCAAGUCUGCUCAGAAGCAACACCUGUUUGCAACUAAAAUUCAACGAAAUUUCCGUAGGUGGUUAUUGACAAAAAGUUUUUUAGAGCAGAUUCAGGCUGCCGUAAAGAUUCAAUCUUAUUUUCGAAGGUGGAGAUGUGUGAAUGCUUUUCAGCUCUUCAAGAUUGAAUUUAAGGCAGCUGUUGUUAUUCAAUCAUGUAUGCGGGGCUGGUUAGCCCGAAAGAAUGCUGGUGCACGUAGGAAUCACCUAUUUGCAACUAAAAUUCAGUUAAAUUUCCACAGGUGGUUGUCGAGAAAAAGGUUUUUAAAUCAGAUUCAAGCUGUCAUAAAAAUUCAAUCAUAUUUUCGAAUGUGGAGAUGUUUAAAUGCUUUCCAGCACUUCAAAAUUGAGUUUAAAGCAGCUGUUAUCAUUCAGUCUUGUUUACGGGGCUGGUUUGCCCGAAAAGAUGCUUGUACGCGUAGGAAGGACAUUGUUGAGAUUCAAAGGCACUGCCGUGGUUGGCUUGUAAAGAGGGACUUCUUGUUCCAAAAAGACGCUGUAAUAAAGAUCCAGUGUGUCGUUCGAAGUUUGAAGUGCCAAAAGGCUCUCAAUUGCCAGAAAGAUGCAGCUUUGGAGAUCCAGCGCUUUAUAAGGGGGCAUGUAACUCGGAAUCAGCUAUUAGGCAGCGCUUCCAAGCUACGCACAGUUAUUUCUGUUAGUUGCAGCUCAAAACCAUUUGGCUUUUGUAGUUUUCAAUUUGAACUGUUCUUGUUUUCGGUUGUGAAAUUGCAACGAUGGUGGAAGGGUCUCCUCUUGCUGAAGUUAAUGAAUAAAUCGGCCAUCAUUAUUCAGUCAUGUACCCGUGGGUGGAUAACCAGGCGAAAUGCUACUCUUUAUAGAAGCCAUGUUGUCAUCCAAGAAGAUGCGGCGUUGUUGAUUCAACGCUACAUUAGGGGACAUUUAACUCGACAUCGGAGAUUAGGUGGUGCUUCUAACCUAAGUGCAAUCACUCCUGUUGGCUGCACCUCAGGGCCAGUUGGCUGUCGUAGUUUUCCACCAGAUCAAUUUUUGCUUUCAGUUGUGAAAUUGCAACGAUGGUGGAAGGGUCUCUUGUUACAGAUAUUGAUGACAAAAUCUGCUAUUGUUAUUCAGUCUUGUACUCGUGGGUGGAUAGCCAGGCGAAAGGCUAAUGUUCAGAGACAUCGUAUUAUUGUCAUCCAAUCCUACUGGAAAGGUUACCAUGCACGUAAAGUUUCGAAAGAACAGUUGUUGGAUUUGCGCUUGAGAAUGCAGAAGUCUGCCAGAAAUGUGGAUGACAGCAAGCGUCUCAUAAACAGACUCUUGGCAGCGCUUUCGGAGCUACUCAAUAUGAAGAGUCUUAGUAACAUCCUUCAUACUUGUUCAAUAUUGGACAUGGCUACAGGGCACUCUCAGAAAUGUUGUGAAGAACUUGUGGCUGCCGGGGCCAUUGAUACUUUGCUGCGGCUGAUUCAAACAGUCAGCCGGAGUAUACCUGAUCAGGAGGUUCUAAAGCAUGCUUUGUCAACUCUCCGAAAUCUCGCCCGCUAUCCUCAUCUUCUACAAGUGUUGAUCCAAAGUCGUAGUUCUGUACAGAUAAUUGUGAUGGAAUUAUUGAGGAAUAAAAACGAGGGUUACUUCAUUGCUUCUGAACUUCUGAAGAAGAUAUGUUCAACUGGCAAAGGCGUUGAGGCGAUUUUGAAGUCCCCUGCUCUGCUAAAACGAUUGCACGGCCUUGUCGAGGACCUUAAACGGAAGGGAAUUUACGAGAAAAGAAAUCCUAGGGCUGCUAACCUGGUUAUCAAAGAAAACAGAGAGAGAAGAUUGAAGGAGGCUGCUGAGAUUGUUAAACUGAUAACAAGGGCAUGAAAAACUUUUCUUAAACAGAUGCAAGAGGAGGUUAAGAUCUGGUCUCCUGUAUUUAUUACAUACUGUCCUCAUCUCGUGGAUAUUGGAAUCAGCUUUCUUUAAACUUACUGAAAGCAAACAAUGGUUAGAACCUUAA